AUGUGUGUGUGCGUGCGUAGGGCGUAUCGCAUCGGUCGCUACUGCCCGCUGUGCGAUCGCUCCUUCAUCGGGCCCAAGGGGACAAUGCAGCUCGUCAUUUGUAAGCUCUGCGAUAGGCAACUGCAUCAAGAGUGCGUUAGGCAGACGGGCGCCAGCGUGCGCGUGCUGGACCACACGUGCGGCGAGUGCCGGCGCGGCGGCAUCACGUCGCGCGCGGCCGCCGUGCGCCUCGCGCCGCGCACCAUCGCCACGCUGUUCAUGGCCAAGCGCCGCUUCAACAAGUACGCGCACCGCCAGUACCUGCAGAGCCGACGCCGCGACUACGACCUCGUCGACGACGACCUCGUG